CAAUGUAGGAUUAGGUAACCAAUCACGAAUCACGUUGUUACGACGUCCAGUACGACUGCGCACGCUGGCAUGAGAGAAACAAAAAAUAUAUUUAUCAACUUUCCAAACCGAUUCAAGCAUGGAUGCUCAAAAAGACGUGCAACCCCCCAAGCAACAGCCUAUGAUAUACAUAUGUGGGGAAUGCCACACUGAAAAUGAAAUUAAGGCUCGUGAUCCAAUCAGAUGCAGAGAGUGUGGAUACAGAAUCAUGUACAAGAAGAGAACAAAGAGAUUGGUUGUGUUUGACGCGCGGUGAAGUGGACGACUCCAGUGGUUGUGUUUGACGCGCGGUGAAGUGGACGACUCCAGUGCUUGUGUUUGACUCGCGGUGAAGUGGAUGACUACAACUCCAGACUCAUUUUUGUUCUGUUUUUAGUGUGUCACAGUGUUGCACCAAGUCACCAAAAUUUCAUAUUCUUUCUAGGAAACCCCACAGGCUUGGGAAGCAGUGCCAGUAUUUGGUGCCCAGUUGGUUGAUUAUGUUCCUGCAACUGUAAUCAAUGAUAGAUAUGGUUUAUAAAAUACAUCCUGAUCGA